AAAUAUUAGAAACAGUAGCAGGCAGGGUGUAGUCACAGCGACAUAGGCCUACAUGACAUUCGGCUUGUAAGUUUGGACUUAAACUUCGAACAAUAGCAUUAGAUAUUUUGAAGCUGAUAGCUUGGUCGGGGUAAAAUAACAACCACUCACUAUGUGCUGCCAAGAAAAUAACUCGAAAAACCGAAGGUUGGUAAAUCCACCCUCUGUUUUAACUUUGUCGAUUCUGCUGUUAAAUACAGUUGCUGCUGUUAAAGACAGCUAUGAGAAGGCGCGAUGUGAAGCUAUUACAAUUCCACUUUGUCGCCAGCUUCCGUACAACACUACAGUAUUUCCAAAUCUGCUAAAUCAAAACCAAGAAGAUGCUGGCUUGGAAGUACAUCAAUUUUAUCCUCUCGUCAAAGUGGAAUGCUCGUUGGAUUUGAAAUAUUUUUUGUGUUCUCUGUAUGUGCCUCCUUGCACUAUGGUUGAUUUCCCUAUACCGCCAUGCAAGUCAUUUUGCCAAAGUGCUAAAAAUGGAUGUGAAGCUCUUAUGAACAGAUUUGGAUUUCAGUGGCCAGAUAAACUUGAUUGCAAUUUAUUUCCCGAACAAGGUCCUGGUAUUUUAUGUUUAGGGAGGAAUUUCACUGCAACGGAACCCCCCACAACGGAACCCGCCACAACUUCCGAAUCUCCGCAGAGUAUUGUUACAGCAGUCAUGCAAACUGAAGAAACACAUGUGCCCCUUAAUAACAGCACCCUCUGCUACAAGUCUGUCGUUGGUAGGCAAGAUAAGAUUCUGGCCGAAUUCUGCAAAGCUGAUUUUGUUAUGAAGGUAAAAUUGGUGAAGAUAACUAGUACAGUAAAAGAGACUACAUACAUAUUCAGUGAAAGAAAUCGGAUACUCUACGGAUUUAAUGGUCUAAGGAAACGCGAUUUGAAGACGGGUAUAUUUAAUGCACGGGAGAUGGUAGCUCCUGAAUGUUGCAACAUUAUGAAACCUGGCGAACAUUAUCUGAUUAUGGGAUAUAAGAAUAUGGAGAAGCUUUUUAUUAGUACUGUCCAUGCAUGGUCAAAAGAGGUCAGACGUGUGGCCAACAAAUUCGAGAGUUUCGAAUGUUACAAUACGUUUAAUCUAUGGUUUUACCGAGUUUCAGCUUCAAACAUAGUAAUUAAAAUCACCAUGGGCUGCCAAGAAGAUCAAACGAAAAAACGAAGGUGGGUGAAUCCACUCUCUGUUCUUAUUUUGUCGAUGUUACUGUUAACAACAGUGGCUCAGGUACAUGGUCCAUACGGAGGCGAUGGCGGUGUUGACAGUUAUGCGAAGGCGCGAUGUGAAGCUAUUACAAUUCCACUUUGUCACCAGCUUCCGUAUAACACUACAAUAUUUCCAAAUUUACUAAAUCAAAACCAAGAAGAUGCAGGCUUGGAAGUACACCAAUUUUAUCCUCUCGUCAAAGUGGAAUGCUCGUUGGAUUUGAAAUAUUUUUUGUGUUCGAUGUAUGCGCCUCCUUGCACUAUGGUUGAUUUCCCUAUACCGCCAUGCAAGUCGCUUUGCCAAAGCGCUAGAAAUGGAUGCGAAGCUCUUAUGAACAGAUUUGGAUUUCAGUGGCCAGAUAAACUUGAUUGCAGUUUAUUUCCCGAACAACGUCCUGGUAUUUUAUGUGUGGACAGAAAUCGCACAGCAAACAAAGAUCAACAAACACUUACAACAACAAGAUCACCUGACAGUCUUGAAACAUUGACACCCAAAGUGCAAAAAGACGAUAUUGCAUUCACUUGCCCUAAAGAAUUUACAGUACCAGAAAAAGAUGAGGAGUUUCUUGGAUCUAAAAAUUGUGGUUUUCCAUGCCCAAUGUUCUUCAAAGACCCAACUGAACAAAAAUUUGCACGACUUUGGAUUGGUAUAUGGGCAUUCAUAUGUGCGGGAUCAUCCCUGUUUACUUUCCUGACUUUUGUGAUAGACACAAAAAGAUUCCGGUAUCCUGAACGUCCAAUCAUUUUCCUUUCUGGGUGUUACUUCAUGAUUGCUGUUGUAUAUAUUAUUGGAUUUUUUAUGGAUGAUGAGAUUGCAUGUAACCAGCCGACAGAAAAUGACCACACAUACAAAGAGGCAACACUUACCCAGGGAGCCAAGAAGGAGAUGUGCACGAUUUUAUUUAUGGUAUUGUAUUACUUUACAAUGGCAUCAUCAAUUUGGUGGGUGUUGUUAAGUCUUACUUGGUUUUUGGCUGCUGGAUUGAAAUGGGGACAUGAAGCUAUAGAAAGAAAUUCACAGUAUUUCCAUGUAGCCGCCUGGUCGAUCCCUGCUGUUAAAACAAUUAUCAUCCUCACCAUGGGAGAGGUUGAUGGAGACCCUCUGAGUGGCGUUUGCUUUACGGGAAGCACAAACAUUACUGCACUACGAGGAUUUGUACUUGCCCCACUCAUCAUAUAUCUCAUUGUAGGAACAUUCUUCUUGUGUACUGGAUUUAUCGCUUUGUUUCGUAUUAGGACCUUUAUGAAGCAUGAAAAUACGAAAACAGACAAGUUGGAGAAAUUAAUGAUUCGUAUUGGUGUUUUCACUGUGCUAUACACCGUUCCGGCAACGAUAGUCGUUGCAUGUUAUAUAUAUGAACAAAGCUUUAGAGAACAGUGGGAGUUGAGAUGGCUCUCGGACAAUUGUUUAAAAUACAGCGUGGUUUGUCCACAUCAGAAUGAAUUUCUGCCAGAAGCAUCUCGAGCAGAACGACCCGAUUUCACUAUUUUUAUGAUUAAAUAUUUAAUGUUGGUUAUUGUUGGAAUAACGAGUGGUUUUUGGAUAUGGUCAGGAAAGACCCUCCAGUCUUGGAUAAAUUUCUAUAACAAAUUGUUUUCAAGAAGAUCAGUACAUGUACCCAAGAAGCCUUCGGAAGUCUGAUCCCAUGAUUCACACAAGAUGCGAUGGUAUAUUAAGAAAAACACAAGAAGUAAACUAUGGUAGACUUUGAUAGUCACUAUAAAACAAUAGACUAAACAAUGUUCAACUUGUGUUAUUUUAAUUUUUUAAGUUAAUAGUUACAUUUUGAUUAAUAAAGCCUUUGUUUAAGGACUUUGUCACCUUGGAAGGACAAACGUAUGCUGGUCAUCAGUCAUGCAUUCGCAGUGCUUAUUUACUUAAUUUUAAUUUGUCAUACUGUAAAUGGUUAAUAUUUUUUUUUGGAAACCUUAAACUUCUGUUGAUUUGAAAGAAAAUAAUUUUUUUUAAAUAUUUUAUUUAUUAAUAGUGAAAGAAAUAAAUAUGUUUGUAUUGAUAUCACUGAAAGAAAUGAUUUAUUUGAUCAUUCCAAACAAUUCCGUUGUAAUUUAUACCCAUUUAUUAUGACUAGUGUUAUAGACAACUUGGUUAAGUUGAUUUUAAGCAUUCAUAGUUUAUUAAAUUAUUUAUUUAGUUAUGGUCUGUGUUAAUGAGAAUUGCUUCAAAAUUUGAAGCAAUCUUUUUUUUUUUUUUAAAUGACAGCAAUUUCUUUUUUUUUUUUUAAAGAUGACGGUCUAAAAAUAGAAUAUUUUAAAAAAUGGAGCAAUUUCUCCUAAAGGGUGAUUAUGAUUUUGAUAUGAUAAAAUCUUCACAGUAAUCAGUCAUGUAAAGUUGUGCAAUGUGCAUAAUUGUGUCCCAAUGUUAAGAUACUCUUCUGACCUAAAGUCCCUGUAAAUCUAUUGUGUUGUCAUGCUGUUAAAACCAAUCCUACAUAUUUAUUAUUUUCUCUGGCAGUGUGAAAACCAGAGUUCAUGCAGUUUGACUAGAAUUUUAAAUUUUGUUAGUGAGAGAAUGUAAUUUUCUUUUUUAAAUGCCAAUUAUUUUUCAUAAUGGUUUAAAAUGCUUCCUGUUCUUAUUUAGUUUCUAUUCAUUUUUUUUAAGUUUAAAAAGAGAUAUUCAGAAUGUUUAUGUUUUUUAACAAAUUAGUUGCAUCCUAGAUUUUAAUUGCUUUAUUCCUGUUUUAAUGUAUUUGAAUUUUACCCAAUUGCUUAAAUUUUGUCAAUAUUGAACAUUACCAAUUAUAAUGUUAUUUUAAAAAAAUUAGAAUUUACUUGAUUGUAAAUGUUUAUCUGGUUUGUAGUAAUGAUAAGAUUAGAUAUUUCUUUUUUUGGUUUGGAAAAAAAGAAUACCUAAUCUUAAGAAUUUACUUCGUGCCAAAGUACAGACUAACAUUUCAAAGCCAUGUUGAAUUAAAUUUGGUGAUUUUUGAAAUAAAGUUGAUAUCUUUUGUGGUAUAAUAUCGGAUUAUUUCACAAAUGGUGGAUAUUUUUUGUGAUAUAAUAUUAGACUAUUGUAAAUAUAAUUGUUGCCAGCUAUGUAUAUAACUUGUAAAAACAAUUAAUGUUAAUUUCUUAACUCCUUAAUGCCUAUUGUAAAAUGCAUUUAUGUAACAUUUGAUCAUUCAAAACAUGAAAGAAUUUUUCCAAUACUGAUAUUUAUGUAACUUUCCUACUACUGUAUCUUGGGAUUGUUAAUUUAUUGGUUUUUUUUAUAUAUAAUCGUAGGUGUAGGAGUCUUGUAUUCUCUAAAUUAAUCAUUACUGCCAUUGAUAAGAUUCCACCGUCUCUUAAAAUCAACAUGAAUGUUGUUGGUGAAGGCCUUACAACUGGUAUAUUUGAUCCUUUGUUGUAUAGUACUUCUCAAAGAAGGCAUGUUGUACAGGACAAUGAUUGUAUUUAUCAUUCAAUAUGUCGGUCAAAAUGGAUCUUUCAUGUUUUGAAUGUUUUUAAAUUGCUAGUGAAAGUUCCCCAAGCUGUAACAAAUCUACUAAAUUGUGUCAUACAGUUUUAAAAAGACAAAAUAAAUACCAUCAACAUUCAGUAUUUGCUUUUUUGUAUUAAUAGUAUCCUUAAAUUCUCCAUUUAUUCUACAGUAUUUUCUCAUUCAUGUUUUACUUUUUCAAGUAGAAUCUAUGAAAUAACAUUUAUGGAAUUACUGUAUGUGCUUGAUAUAUUUCUGUGCACAAGAAUCACAGUUAAUGUUUUUAAGAAAAACUGAAUUGAUAUAAAUUUACUGAUCAAUAAGUUUCUAUUUAUUCCAAAUCUGUCAUCCUGUCGUAUUUGGUCACCAGGUAUGUCUGGCUGUUUAUCCAUUCACUUUGAUCUAUUCUCAAUUGUAGACAGAUACUGAACUGCAUCUUGCAUGUACGUACUCUGUUAUAUGGCUGAGAAAUACCAAUUCAUUGUCGACAGGAAUUCACCUGUUAAAAGUAAUAGAACCGAAGUACCUUUGGUAUUGUAUAAAGUUUACAAUUUCAAAAUCAUAACAUCUACAGAGUAAUAAGAAUUGUAAUUCUGUCCCUGCUAUUUUUACAAAUGAAAUUAAAGAAAUAUGCGAUACACUUCAGUAGAUAUAUAAAUGGUUAUUGCUCAGUUGCAGAAAAAUAUAAUCAGUGUAAAUAACAUUAAAUGCUGGUACAAGCUUGGACUUCAACUAUUCAUUGUAUUAAGUGCAUUACGAUAUUCUUUGUCUUGUUCAGGAAAUUACAAAAAAAAGAUAGCAAAACAAAGUAAUAGUGUGUAUACUGUAAAAUGGUUAUCUUAAAACAGCGUUUGCUAACAUGAAUAAAUAUGAUAGGCUGUGCUUGGAA